CCCCACCCCUCAUGGCGGCUUCCCCGGCCACUCAGCUCCUGUCCAUCACCAGUGCUGCUGUCAGCGCUCUGGGGAAAUCCAGCCAGUCUUCUCACUCCAGCGGCUCGUCUAGCGGAGCCAGACCAAGCCCUGGGUACUCCUUCCAACCGACUGUCACCCGACAUUUUGAGCAAAGCGAUGAGAGACGUCAGAGUCCGAAACCGCAAGAAGGUGGCAACACCGGAGGUGAGGAUGUGUCUGAUCCAGGUGCUAAUAAGCAGCAGCAAGAUGUAGCCAAAGCAGAAGAGAUGGUAGAUUCUGCCAACAGCUCCAGCGCAAGUGAGAUCCUCAUCAGGUCCACAGUUCUGGACCACGACAGAAGUCUCGCGCCAAAGUCGAUGAACACCAGCUCGGACAGCAGAGCAAGUUUCGGCAGCGCGGGGUCCCAGCGGGUGAGAGUGCCCAGAAAACUCCUGAAGGAGGUGAGGUCUCCUUUCGAGACGGAGGAGGCGGGCGUGGCGGAGCACGUACCUGCGCCGUUGCCUGGCAACCUGCCUCCCGGGGAGGAGAACGGAACCGCAGAGUCAGACGUUCCGUCAGUACCGACACCUGUGGAACAGGAGGGGCAGGAGGUCCUGAUUUCUUACAUCAAACAGCGAGAGGCGAGGGCAGACCAUCCACGCACACUUCCAGCAAGUGCAGGUCCUGUGAGAGACAGAUCACAGUCCCCUGCAGCCGUGCAGCCCCCUGUCAGCUGUUCAGUAGCUGCAGCAUCUGAUGUUGUCAUACAGACGGUCAACCUGCCGCAUAAGGUUGGCAGUGCUGCAGGGAAUCAACAGGGGGCGCUGUUGCAGCAGGGAGCAGCAGUUGAGGGGAUGGACUUCACAGUCAACCAGGAUGCACCAGGAGAUGAUGUGAAGGUCUCCAGGUUCCAGCUGACAGAGAAACAGAAGCUGCUGAAGUCCCAGCUGGGAAAAAGUAAGGAAUCUACAAGACAGGACAGCACCUGUGAAGAAGGUUGUCCAGCCCAGGGUGAUCAAACACCUGGCGGCUGCAGGUGGGGACGAGAACAGACCCCCCAACAGGCAGGAGUCCGCAGGUGUGUCUGCAGGUGUGUCGGCAGGUGUGUCCGCAGGUGUGGACACCGCCAGCAUCGCUGCUGCCACCGCGGCUGCAGUCGCUGCAACAGCACCCUUCUUUCAGGCUCACACAGAUCUGGAGGCGAAGAUGUCUUCCAUCAACGAGAAGCUUUCCCGGCUGCAGGAGUCGUACCAGGACAAGUCCAGCUCCGCACGGCAGUCCGACCAGCAGCUACACCAGCAGCUACAGCAGCUGACAGACAUGAGGAUCAAGUUCCUGGAACAGCUGCAACAACAGCAGCUGGAGUGGCAGGUAAGUUUGUUUGUUUGUUUGUUUGUUUGUUUGUGCGGCAGUCUGACCAACAGCUGCACCAGCAGCUACAGCAGCUGACAGACAUGAGGAUCAAGUUCCUGGAACAGCUGCAACAACAGCAGCUGGAGUGGCAGGCUAAAACAGCAGGAGGCAUGGCAGGCCACCUGGCUGCAGCUGAAACAUUCCAGACGAGACCAGCUGCAGAAACUGCACAAGGUGCAGUACCAGGUCAGCCAGAAAGUCGACCCAACCCACCCAGCCACGACGACUGGACCCACCCCAAGUAUGUCCCUGUCCAGGUGCAUCACAGACCCACCCACCCUGCCCCACCACAACCCACCCCUGCAUCACACGGAGCCUCCAACCGCUUUGCCACGACCCACGCCACCCAGACCUCGCCCCUGGACACCCCCGCCCCCAGGAAGCACCCACCUGUGCCCAUACCCAAGGACAACUAUCAGCUGAAAGGAAGAAGCAUCCUGAACGAGAUCCUGUCCCACAACGAUGCCCUUGAAGCCAGCACAGUCCGUCCAAGGUCACCUUCACCCCCAAGGUCGCACCCCCUCCCCACGGAGCCUGCGGCAGGAAGACUGGGGAGUCGGCACACGUCAGUGGACAGGUGA